AGGUGAAGAAACGUGUCGCCGUAAGACGCCGAACACGCGCGCGCCGGCGGCGGGGUCUCCGGGUCCGUUCGCCUCCACACCCCCGCUCCCGAGCCCAAUGGAACAUCCCGAGAGUGGUCUCGCGCUCCAGGCCGAGCUGGGCCGACGUCGCAGGGGGUAAGUUCACUUCUCCCACUCCACUGACCGCAGGAAGUGCGACAUCGCUGGGAAGAAGCGACACAUCAGCCGCGCGCGCCGAAGCCAAAAGCCCCCGUCGCCUCAACUACUACACACUUUUUUAAUGUUUCCUCCUGUUGGUUUGGACACAGCAGCAAAAGGCGACUUGAAGUAACAGGCGUGCGUUUUGGGGAAUGCGCCCACAGUCUGCGGGUAAAGAGCGAAGACCGACAGUCGUUUCGGUCCACAUCUAAAGACAUGUACUGGGCUCUGAGUGACUGGAAAGUACUGCUGAUUGUUCUGCUGUGGAAACACUUUGGUGCUUUGGGGCUGAAAUCCACAAGAUGGCCGCUGUACUCCAAAAAGCCUCUGCUCCUGGCUUGGAAUGCCCCCACUGAAGACUGCUUCCCGCGGCAUGGCAUUCGCUUUCAGCUGGACCUCUUCCAGAUCGUGGCCUCGCCCAAUGAGGGGUUUGUGAAGCAGAACCUCAACAUCUUCUACAAGGAACGCUUGGGAUUGUACCCCUACUUUAGUGAAGAUGAAACACCAGUCAACGGGGGGCUGCCCCAGUUGGCCAGUCUCACUCAACAUCUGGAGCAGAUGCCUCACGCUAUGCAGAAGUAUAUAGGCGACAAAUGGGCCAAGGGUUUAGCAGUUAUUGACUGGGAGGAGUGGCGCCCACUCUGGAUAAGGAACUGGGACACCAAGGAUGUUUACCGUAGACAUUCCCGUAAGUUGGUGAGCCAUAAGAACCCAACGUGGCCUCCGGAGCAGGUGACCAAGGUGGCCCAGCAGGAGUUUGAGAUUUCUGCCAGGAACUUUAUGCUGCAGACGCUGAGGCACGCCAAGAACCUGAUGCCCAACCAGCUGUGGGGGUUCUACCUGUACCCCGACUGCUACAACCACGACUACACGCGCACCCUGGAGAACUACACCGGCCGCUGUCCUGACGUGGAGGUGACUCGCAACGACCAGCUGAAGUGGCUGUGGACCGAGAGCACGGCGCUCUUCCCGUCCAUCUACAUGGCCUCCGUGCUGCGCUCCUCGCCUUCCGGACGGCGGUUUGUCCGGAACCGGGUGAAGGAAGGCAUGCGCCUGGCCUCGUCGGGCGACGGCUUGGCACGUCCUGUCUUUGUGUACGCCCAGCCCACCUACGCCAAAUCCAUGGAACAGCUGACAGAGACUGACCUGGUCUCCACCAUUGGGGAGAGUGUGGCUUUGGGAGCCGCUGGAAUCAUCCUGUGGGGAGAUGCGUCCUAUGCAAGUAGCAAUAACAGCUGUGCCCAACUUGAUUCGUAUCUGCGGGGUCCGCUGAGUCAAUAUCUCCUCAACGUCUCCACGGCAGCGGAGCUGUGCAGCCAGGCCCUGUGCGCCUCUCACGGCCGCUGUCUGCGGAAAAAUCCAGAUAGCGACGUUUACUUGCACCUGAACCCUGACAGCCACACCAUCGUCGCGGAGGGCGGCAAGCCCACAGUAAAGGGUGAGCUCGGCGAAGAAGAGAAGACGGCCUUUCAAAGGAACUUUCAGUGCCAGUGCUUCAGCGGGUACGAGGGAGAUGGCUGCAGUCAUAUAGACCCUCUGCACCAGGAAGGGACAGCAACUCAAACUACAGCACCAACACUUCAGUGUGCGAUCUUAGUCAUUGUCUCUCUGCUCCUCUGUUAGUGCAUUUGAUGCAUUUUAUUGCCGAUGUGACGCUCUCGUGUUUGAUCUCAGUUCUAAAAAAAACACUGUGGAAAUUGUAAAGUCAUACUUUUAUGACUUUUAAUCUUGUUCCAAACACCAAGAGCUCGCUGGAAAUGAUCUUGUUUACAUUUACUGUCAGCUUCCUCCCAGUCACCGUUUUCCAAGGUGUCAAGUUCCACGUUUCUUAGUGAGAGGAUAUUUGGGGGGAUGUGAAUGAGUCAGCUGCUGUGUGGUGAAAGUGGAUUAAUGCACUUCAGUCUGGUAAUAGUGCAAAGGUUUUUAAGUGCCUGAUCUUUGUAAAACCUGAUCUCUUGCUUACAUUCAUUGUUUUAUGGAGGCAAUAGUAGUAUUACUAUUUUACUAUUUAUUUGAAUGUAUUUUUAUAUAACAUUUUCUUAUUUGUAUGUCCGAGAAUGACUACUAGUUUUCUCCCAACACUACAUUUAUUCUGAAUGUUUAAGUGUUACAUUUUUUAAAUGAUUUCAGAAGCACAAAAAUCACAAACAAUAUUAGAACAAACGUUUUGAUAAUGCAAUUUAACAUGACAUCGCAUUUCUCUAAUGUGAUUCUUUUCAAAGUAAAUAAACUUUUUUUUUAAAUUGUGUUGUUUUUUUUUUAUUUUGUCAGUUGAGUUAUAAAAUAACACCAGGAACCAGUUCAGUUUUUCAAUACUCCUGGUUUGGUUUAGCUCUUUCUGUGCAUUAAAUCUUGAGCUUUAGGAUAAAAACAGAUUAAAUGGCAAAUAA